AAUAAGUGCCCUCGUGCAUUGCUAUGCAUAUAUUCUCACCUCGUCGCCCGAAAUUAUUUAAUUUAUUUUUUUCCUCGUUUAAUUUGUGAUAUUCAAUUUGAUUUCGGCUCAAAAUUCAUAGAAGGUUCAGAAUUCCCUGAAAACUUUGAAAAAAAAAAAAACAAUAAAAUCACAGCUUGCUUCAAGAGGUAAUCUUUUUUUUCCUCCUCACGCGAAGUUUGAAUAAAGAAGGUUUUCAAUUUUGUAACUAGUAAGAGUUAGUUAUGGCGGAAAAUCACAAGAAAGCUGCGGGUCGCCUGUGUUACCUCUGUAACCAAAGAAGGGCUGCCCUUAAAAGACCUAAAACCCUAGAGCAGUUUGUGAUUAUGUUUGGUUUGUUUGUUGCAGAUUCGACAGUGCUUGCUUAUGUUUUAUCCGAGUUGAAUCGUCGACACAAUUAUGGGCUGGAUCUCUUCCUUCUGUCUGUUGAUGAAGGCAUUACUGGAUACAGGGAUGACUCGCUCGAGACAGUUAAAAGAAAUGAAAUUCAGUAUGGGCUGCCGUUAAAGAUUGUUUCCUACAAGGAUUUGUAUGGAUGGACGAUGGAUGAGAUAGUGAAGAUGAUUGGUUUAAAGAACAAUUGUACAUUUUGUGGUGUUUUUCGUAGGCAGGCCCUUGAUCGUGGUGCUGCGUUGUUGAAAGUAGACAAGCUGGUUACUGGACACAAUGCAGAUGAUAUUGCCGAAACUGUACUCUUGAAUAUAUUGCGAGGGGAUAUUGCUAGAUUGAGUAGAUGCACUUCAAUAACCACUGGGGAGGAUGGACCAAUUCCAAGAUGCAAGCCAUUUAAGUACACAUAUGAGAAGGAGAUUGUUAUGUAUGCUUAUUUCAAGAGGCUGGACUACUUCUCCACUGAAUGCAUAUAUUCACCUAAUGCAUAUCGUGGUUUUGCUCGUGAGUUCAUCAAAGAUUUGGAGAGGAUGAGACCAAGGGCAAUACUUGACAUUAUCAAAUCGGGGGAAGAUUUUAGAAUUUCCACUUCUACGAAAAUGCCAGAGCAGGGGACAUGUGAACGAUGUGGUUACAUUUCAAGCCAGAAAUGGUGUAAAGCCUGUGUUCUGCUUGAAGGACUGAAUAAGGGUUUGCCUAAGCUGGGAAUUGGACGAAGUCGAGGCCUAGAUAACAACCAUUGGAAGGAUGUGAAACAAAGUAAUGGAACAAAGAAUAUUGAGGGCAAACAAUGUGGGAGUUUGGACUUCUGAUGUAGUUGUUUCAUUUGAGUUUAGGGGAUUUCUUGCAAUUGAUUCAUGGUAUCAACGGAAAGUCACUGAAUAGUAUACUUGGAAGGUAAUUUCUUGAAGAGAAAUGCAUAUUUUAGAUGCCAGGGACCACUAUGGCUACUGGAAUUGAUUUGAUAUUUGAGGUUUUUCAGGAGAGAUAACGUUUGCACUUGAAGGUACAUCACUUGACUGCAAAUACAACAAAAGAAUGAAGAAGUGAAUGGUGGAAUAUAUGUUGGCACAUGGGGGCUGAAUAAAAAGUGCACAAGCAUUUCUUCUCUUUUGGUUUGUUGAGUUAAUUGUAGAAGUAACAAACAGUGUGUGUGUGUGUGUGUUGGGGGGCAGGGAAUUUGGGAGGAGUCUUUCAUUCAACAGGUGGAACACAUGCUGUAGUGGAAUCCAUUUCUUCAUUUCAGUGGUCUUGUUAAUGUUAUUUGUUCCCAGGAACGAGCCUGAGAAAACUGUCAUUGCUUUGUAUUAGAAUUAGAAUAGCAAGGAUUGCUUAUUACAUGGACGAGCUACUUUUGUCAAUUCCCCCAGCGUCUGUUUUACCAUUUCGUUUUGGCAAUGAUAGAAUAUUCUUCUUUUCAUUUUC